AUGGCUCCACCACAAAGGAUCCUCUUUCCCCUGGACAAGAUUUGCAUGGACUGGCAGCAACGACAGAGAGCUGGAGCAGGGCUCUACAACCUGGGCAACACAUGUUUCCUCAACUCCGUCCUGCAGUGCCUGACAUACACACCCCCUCUGGCCAACUACCUGCUCUCUCGGGAGCACAGCCAGUCGUGUCACCAGCAAGGCUUCUGCAUGAUGUGCACAAUGGAAGCGCAUGUUAACAAGGUCAUGUAUUCCUCAGGCACUGCCGUCCAGCCUUGGGCUGUCGUCAGAGAACAUUUUGAGCUCGGCAUGCAGGAAGAUGCCCAUGACUUCUUACGCUGUACUGUCGAUGCCAUGCAGAGAGCUUGUUUGAGCAGGAGCAGCGACUUGGACAUCUCUUCUCAGUCAACUACCAUUGUCCAUCAAAUAUUUGCGGGCUGUCUGAGAUCCAGAGUCACAUGCUCGAGCUGCAACGUGGUCUCCAAUUCCUACGAGGCCUUCCUGGAUGUUCCACUAGAUAUAAAAGCAGCCUCAUCUGUCACCGCAGCUCUGGAGGAAUUUGUGACACCCGAGCAGCUGGAUGGCGAAAACGGCUUUAAAUGUAGCCAGUGUGACAAGAAGGUUGCUGCCUCCAAGAGGUUUACAGUCCAUCGCGCGCCCAGGGUUCUCACACUGUGUCUGAAAAGGUUUGAAGAUUUCGCCGGCAGGAAAAUCAGCAAGGUUGUGGAGUAUCCCGAGUAUCUGGAUCUUCACCCCUACAUGUCGCAGACAAGUGGAGAACCGCUCCUCUAUUCCUUAUAUGCUGUCCUGGUACACAGUGGUGACAGCUGUCAGGAAGGACACUACUACUGCUACACAAAGGCCAGCAACGGACUGUGGCACAAGAUGAACGAUACAUCUGUGAAUUGUUGCGACAUCGACACAGUUCUCAGGCAGCAAGCCUACUUACUGUUUUAUGCCAGGUAA